ACUCCUUCAACCCUGUGACAAUAUUACGCAAUAAGAAAAGUUAUGUAAUUUCUGUUGGCUUAAUUCAGCAAGAUCAAUGUGCUAGCUUUCACCUUGACCAGUAAACAUUUUUCAUUACAAAUAUACAAAUAUACUGCUAAUUGAUGUUGUAUUUUAUGAGACAUUUGUAUAAGCUUUUUCAAUAGGACACUAAUGGAUUUUUAUUGGAGACAGACUCGUGGGUCAUUUACGGUUGUAUACACAACCGCGCAUAACAGAUGACCAAAGUCAAAAAGUAGUGUAAAAAGCCUUUUUUAAUCAACAUUAAUCUCUUUAAAUAUGUUUGAUUUAAAAUCAGAAUGGAAUAUUUCUCUAGCAGGUUGUGGCUUCACGAGCAUUUAUUACGUCGGUGCAUUUAGCUGUUUCCUGGAACAAGCGCCUUACCUCAUAAAUGGAGCAUCCAAAAUCUCUGGUGCGUCUUCAGGUUCACUUGUCGCCGCGGUCCUUGCCAUUGGAAUGGAUUUAGAGCAAUACUGUGAAAAUCUUUUGUCAAUGGCAAGAGAGGCCAGAAAGUGGAAACUGAGCACCAUGCACCCCUCUUUUAACCUGCUGAAGAUUGUCCGUGACUCCCUGGAGCGUGAUCUUCCGGCUGAUGCCCACCUCCGGGCCACAGGAAGACUCUUUGUGUCCCUCACCAAAGUGUCUGACAGAAAGAAUGUUCUGGUGUCUGAGUUUAACAGUAAAGCGGAACUCAUUCAGGUUCUUCUAUGUAGCUGUUUCUACCCACUUUACUGUGGCAUGAUCCCACCUGUGUAUAAUGGAGUGCAUUACGUGGACGGUGCCUUGAGCAACAACAUGCCCCAUUUUGACUUGAAGAACACCAUCACAGUUUGUCCAUUCUCUGGUGAGAGCGAUGUAUGUCCCCGUGAAAGCACUUUCAACUUCCACGAGUACCGCCAGAAUAACACCAGCAUCAAGUUCAACACUAGCAACCUGCACCGCGUCAUCAUGUCUUUUCUGCCGCCAGAGCCACAGGUAAUGGCAGAGAUCUGCCGGGAUGGAUACAUGGAUGCUCUUAGGUUCCUGCGUGAGGGCAACCUCCUGCGUUCUGAGAGCCCCUCAGCCGGUGUGAUGACACAAGUGGACUGUCCUUCGGCCUCUUGUUGUGAGUUUGUGAACGAGUCAACAGAAGCCAUUGAUGCUGCAGAGACUGAAUCCACUAAGACCCUGUUAAUAGGCAGGCUGAACCCCCCACCCAAACACCACUGGUGGCUGGAUGCACAGAGCAUCAAAAACCUUCCAACACCUAUCAAAAAAGUGUUGUGUGAGGCAUGUAAGGAGAGACAUGCAGGGAGUCUAUAUUCCCAGGUGACAGAACUGCUUCCACUGCGUCUGGUUUCCUACCUGUUCCUGCCAGUGGAGUUAGCCUACUCCAUUACUAAGAGGUUUCUCAAUUGGCUGCCAGAAAUGCCAUCUGACCUGUGCUGGAUUUAUGGUUUGGCAGCCGACAUGUGCAGACAGUCGUGGAAGUAGAAAGUUCAAGAAAUCAACAGGACAUGUUGGACCAGGGAAUGCCUACUUACGAUGGCUCACCGCUCCCCAGGCAAAGCUGGACAAUUUUCAUUGCCCAUGUGGAUUACCAGCCACUUGCCAACUUGCAGUAGUGUCAGGGCUCAAACCUAGACCGCGGUGGUCAGCGUGGUGCUACAAAGAGUGCUUUUGACCACAGCUCCUCCUGGGGGACUUUCUGAACACACUGGCAUUUUAUAUUUAUCACAAAUGCGUUGAAAGCUCUGGCAAGACUUCCUUCCAAAAAUGUAAAAGACAGCUCAGAGAGGCAGCUGUUUUUUUCAUUUGUUAGAGCCAAUAUUUUAAUGCCUAAAGUGGUUUAUUUACAUGCAUAUACAGAGGGGAAAUUGUAUGUAGUAAUGAACUUAAAGUGUAUUUAGUAUCUGUAAAUGUAAUAUUAGACAACAGACUGAUCUCCCCUUUGAGUCUUAUUCCUCUCUAAGGCCAGAACUGUUUCUGUUCUGAGUUAGAGCAGCUUCAUAGUUUGACUGACAUAAAGGUAAUUUAUUGUUACGGGUGAA